GGCUGAUCCACAGUACAUCUCGGUGUUUCAUGUCACACGUUACCCAGAAGCCACCGCGGCGCUAGAGCCGAGACACUCAAGGAAUCAUGAAUUACGCCCGGUUUCUCACCGCUGUCAGCGCAGCUAGAAAGCCCUCUCCUAUCCGUAUGCUGACUGAGCUGCAGCAGCGGUCACCUCCGACCCUGAUCUCUCUGGCCGGAGGAGCGCCCAACCCCAACACCUUCCCCUUCCAGUCAGCGUCCAUCAAAGUGAAGAACGGGUCGACGCUCACAUUCGAUGAGACGCUGUUGAAGAGGGCUCUGCAGUACUCUGCCUCUAAUGGAAUACCCGAGCUGCUGACGUGGAUGAAGAGCCUGCAGAAGGACCUCCACAACCCUCCCACACAGAUGGACAUGUGUGUUACCACGGGCAGCCAGGAGGGGCUCUGUAAGGUGUUUGAGAUGCUGGUCAACCCCGGAGACAACGUUCUGCUGGAUGCACCCACAUAUUCAGGCACACUGGCAGCGCUCCAGCCGCUCGGUUGCAACCUGAUCAACGUUCCCAGCGAUCAGCACGGCAUGAUACCGGCAGCCCUGAAGGAGGUUUUGUCUCGGUGGGACCCCUCAGAGAUCCACAAGCCCGGCAGCACUGCCCCCAAGAUCCUCUACACCAUCCCCAACGGAGGAAACCCCACCGGUGCCUCCAUGACGACUCAGCGGAAGCAGGAAGUGUACGAGCUGGCCCAGCAGUACGACAUGCUCAUCAUCGAGGACGACCCCUACUACUUCCUGCAGUUUGACAAGCCGUGGGCUCCCACGUUUCUCUCCAUGGAUGUCGACGGCAGGAUCAUCAGGACCGACUCCUUCUCUAAGAUCCUGUCUUCAGGGCUGAGGAUAGGUUUCGUAACCGGUCCCAAACUGCUGGUGGACCGGGUGGUGCUGCACAUCCAGGCCUCCACAAUGCACACAAGUACCUUCACACAGCUCAUGGUGUCUCAGUUGCUGCACAGCUGGGGCCAAGAGGGUUUCCUCCAACACAUAGACGGGGUGAUUGAGUUUUACAGGAAACAACGCGAUGCCAUGAUCGGCUCUGCAGACAAGUGGCUCAAAGAUGUAGCGGAGUGGCACACCCCGUCGGCAGGCAUGUUCCUGUGGAUCAAACUAAAGGGCAUCGCCGAUACCCAGCAGCUCAUUAUGCAGAAAGCCUUGGAGAAAGAGGUACUGCUGGUUCCUGGAGGCGUCUUCAUGAUCAACAGUAGUGACCCGUGUCCCUACGUCAGAGCGGCCUUUUCUCUCUCCACACCAGAGCAGAUUGAUGAGGCUUUCAGAAGACUCUCCUCUCUCAUCAAAGAGUCUUUGUGAUCAAAUAUCUAUUUUUCCCUAAAAGAUGCUGUAUUUUUUAACUUAUUGUUGAGGGCUUCUUCUUUUCAAAUAGAUUAUUAAGUUAAAUUAUAUUUUGAUAUUGUGUUACCUCUGAUUGUGUCUAUAAGAGGAGAAACUCAGAUGUACUGUACUUGGUGCUGGUCAUGGAAAGUAAUUUGUAGCAAUGAUUGAGACGAAUAAAUAAAGAAUUCAGUUGUUAACCUCAUAAUUUGUUGCUUGAAUGUUCAUAGUGAGACCGGUCAUUUAGGCUCUAGAGCACCUUACAACAAAUUCAUUCAACUACUUGUGAUGAUAUUUUUUAAAUUGUCAUCUUUGACUCCUAUUAUCGCACAAUUUUAGCUAUAAAAUGUUGCUUUAUUUUAAUCUAGCGCGGCUCAACGGUCAUGUUCAUGGAAGGUGUCAUUUUUAAAAAGGUGGUGCAGAAGGUUACUGAUAGUCCUACUGAUCUUCAUAAACUCUUCCUGCACUCGACUGCACUAUUUCAUGUUUUAGCUGGGAUUUUUGUUUUCCUUUAAAAUGGUCAAAACUCUAGCAAUACUUGACAUCAAGAAUAACUGUAUUGUCAGACAGACACAAGUCACAAGUCGUUUCACAAUAAAUUUGUUCUUAAAACUACUUUAAAUAAAAGUGUUGCAAAGCCAUUUCCCCUUUCUUUGUGCACCUUUGAAGUAUGUGAAAGUGUGCUAAACUCUGACUCUACUUCUGUUUAUGCCUUUGCUUAUUAAAAGUGUAUAACAAGUGGUGCCUUAUCAGGAUAUGUAACCUUUUAAAAGUACA